AUGGUGUUAUUUUUUGUGGCAGGCCUCUUACUCGCGUUGUACGGUCAAGUAAGGGCACAGAACCUUGCAAGUGCGCAGAUAUCCGUGAUUAGCGAGCGACUGGCCCAGGGUGCAAUGCAUAGUUGGGAGUAUGGAGCGCGGGCCGAGGCCCUCCUGGAGCUCAAUGCGCCGACAUACUCCGUCGUGUCGUUCAACGCCGUUCCGCCUCCCCACAGUAUUCCAUCCAAUAUAACAAGUGCGCUUGGCGAAGUGUUUACGAUCGCGCAUAACAUCGUCGUCGCCCGAAGCUUGUCCAAUAUCACUGGCCCCCAGCCCCUGAUUGCUGAUACGAGUGCAGGAGAUCCAGCAAGUAGUGGAGUUUCCGUGUUACUUGCUAACUGGACGGGACAGGGGGCACUAGAUGGACUAGAUUAUGCAGGGGCGGCACAGGACCAACUCCACUACCUAUUCCAAAACGUAUCCAAGACCAAAGAUGGUGCUUUUUCUCACAGAGUGGACCAAUUGCAACUUUGGAGUGAUUCGGUGUACAUGGUUCCUCCGUUUUUGGCGUAUUAUGGUGUCCUGACGCAAAAUCAGACCAUCCUGGGUGAGGCAUACACACAGAUCCGCUUGUACCGAAAAUAUCUUCGAGACACGGCAGCCGGUAAUUUAUGGAAGCAUAUACAACUUGGUCAGACAGGAAUUGACGAUGGGCACUGGUCGACAGGUAAUGCAUGGGCGGCGGCAGGCAUGAUACGGGUCCUAGGGACUAUUCAACGUUCCCCGUUCGCGAAUUCGUUUAAGAGUCAACAGAAUGACCUUGCACAUUGGGUGCAUGAGAUUCACGGAGCGAUGUAUUCCCACAUUAACUCCAACGGAUUGUUCUACAAUUACGCCGAUAAUAAUACCACGUUCUAUGAUGCCUCAUCAACUGCGUUACUGGCCAGCACGGUCUAUCGGUUGUCUCUUCUUGCCAAUAUCCACACAUACAUCCCACUCGCUGAACAGGUCCGCAAAGCGCUCUUAGCUUCUGCUGGCACCAUUGUUUCCAUAGCCACUACAUCGACAAUGCCAGCGCCAAGUACAACAUCGACCGCACUUGCCGGAACUGGCACAACCGUAUCUGGCCUGCUCCACUUUACGCCGGAAGGAUGGCUUACGCCUGUAGUGAAUCCAUAUUCUUAUGGCGCGCAAGGCUCCGACAGCCCAGAGGCACAAGCGUUCAUCCUUGAGCUGCAGGCUGCAUGGCGUGACUGGGUAGCAGACGGGGCACAGGGUGCAAAUAGCGCCCGCGAAGCUCGGCCUCAUGUCUUAAUGAUAGGAGUUAUACUGGUCUUGCCCUGGUUAAUGAUGGUCAUCACCUAG